AUGGCCCAAGCCUACGUAAAAAAAACUUCAUAUCAUUGGCUUUCGAAACCUCUUAUUGGAGAUGAUGGAAGGAUCUAUAUUUGUUCUGGUAACAACUUUUUCGCAUUUGAAAACAAUGGUAGCAUUGCAUGGACCAUGCAUAUUGAUUAUAAAUGCAACGUGGAUAUGGCUCCAGUUCAUGGAGGUCCUGGUAAGAUAUACUUGGUAGCUGAAAACAGGAUAUUGAGGAUUAAUUAUGGAAACAUUGGAACUUCUGAGCCUUCCUUAGAUGUUUUCUUGGAAGAGGCUGAAAUUAUUGGGCUCUCAGUAAGCACAUUAAGCUCAAUUGUAUUCAUCAAUGUCAAGAAUCGAGGACUCUUUGCAUAUAUGUCACAUGGGCGUUUGCUUUGGAGUGUAGGACCUGUGCUUUAUCAAUUUGGUUACCGUCAAGGAUGCAGGAAAAAUAUUACAGAUUGUUACUUUGCAUCAGUUCCUGUGCUUGAUCAAUGCGAGGCUAGUAUAUAUAUCUCAAACACAGAAGGAGAACUCUAUAGUUUAUCAGUUCGUAGCCGUCACUUUAGAUGGAUACAGGAUUUUAGUUCAUUAGACAAAAAUUUCACCAUCACUGCUGGAAAUAAUGGUCAUCUCUAUGUAACAGUUCCAGCAAGGGCUCUUGUAUUGGCUCUAGAUGUCUUUUCAGGUAAUGUCUUGUGGCAGAGAAGUGUAGGGCCAUUAAGCAAAGUUGACUCUGAACCUGUAGUGGACUCUAAUGGAUGGGUGUCUAUUGGUUCAUUGGAUGGAUUCCUAUACUCAUUUUCGCCAACUGGGGUUCUUAAGAAAUUCUCAAGAAAAAAUACAGAAAACUCUCUGGUUCAAGUUGGUCCUUUUCUUGAUUGCUCUGGAUUUGCAGUCUAUAGUUCACAAACAGAAAUGGAAGGAAAAGUUAGCCACACUAUUGGUGAAUACACAGUUGUUUCAGCAAUUAGACCUAAAGCUGCAUUAUUCACUAUGCUGGUUCCUGCAACUGGAUCAAUCUAUUGGUCUGAAGGCUAUCCUGGUCAACUUUCAACUUUAUUAUCCAAGAGUGAUCUAAGUCAGUUUGUAGUGGAUGAGGAGAUUUUUCUUGCUUUCCUUGCCGCCUCAAUGAUUGGCACCCCACUACAAUGCCGUACUAUAGGUCAGAAGCUUGCAUCUAGCUGCUCUCAAUCAAGGACCAAGCUUGUCAGCAUCUAUACAGGCAACGAAAGGGCAAUAGUGUUGUUUCUGCUCUUUGAGUCUGCUCUCUUGGCGGUACUAAUUGGACUUGUAAGAUUCUUCUGUACAUUCUGGGCAAAAAAGAAGCUUAAAGAUCAAGGCCUUGGAAGUUUCCUUGACAAGAGACGCUCUCUUCAGCUCCAAAAGAAAGCUUUGGAUAGGACAAUUACUGAGCUUGAUCAAAAAGCUGAGGAGGAAGCAGUGGACAAUGAAGUUUUUGAAAAGGUGGGUGAUAUAGUAAGAAAAAGGGAAAGCAUAGAGAGGAAGCUCUCAACCACAUAUAGUUUGGGUAGGGACAGGAGUGACUCACAACCAAAACCUAUGCUUCCUUUACAUAUGGGAAAAACAAAAAGCUACUCAUUUCAGGGUGCAAAGCUGCAGAAACUGACAAUGUUCCACACAUUAAGUGAUACAUCUUCAAGUGAAAGCAGCACUGAAGGAGAUACUAGCAUGCUUGAAGGCAUGGACUUAUUGGCUAAGGCCAAAGCAAAGUCACCUAUGGUGGAGGAUACUUCAACUUCAAGUAAUGAAGAGUUUAGAAGGAGAAGUCCUUCAGACAUAACAUGA